GGAUCCAGUAAUGGCUUUGGAAGCAGCGGAUUUGGUUCCAAAAGUGGAUUUGGUGGAAAUUCAGAUUCUGUCAGUGGUUUUGGCGGAGGUGGUAACAGUGGAUUUAGUGGCUCCAAAGGUUUUGGGGGAGGUGGCGGAGGAAAAGGCUGCUUCAAAUGUGGUCAAGAAGGUCACAUGUCCAGAGAAUGUCCAAGUGGCGGGGGACAGUCUAGAGGAAAGGGCUGUUUCAAAUGCGGAGAAGAGGGACACAUGUCACGAGAAUGUCCCAAAGGAGGUGGUGGAGGAAGAGGCUGCUUCAAAUGUGGUGAAGAAGGUCAUAUGUCCAGAGAAUGUCCAAGUGGUGGGGGACAGUCCAGAGGAAAGGGCUGUUUCAAAUGCGGUGAAGAGGGGCACAUGUCACGAGAAUGCCCGAAUGGAAGCAGUGGUGGAAGCCGUUCAGGAUUUGACUCUAAAGGAAAGGGUUGUUUCAAAUGUGGUGAAGAAGGGCAUAUGUCAAGGGAAUGCCCAAAUCAAGAAAACAAAGAUGGGGAAAAGAGAGAAAUAUAUAUCCCACCAGAGCCCAGCACCGAUGAAGAUGAAAUUUUCAAAAGUAUUGAAAAGGGAAUUAACUUUAACAAAUAUGACGAUAUUCCAGUGGAAGUUUCUGGUCGUUCACCAGUUUCGUUCAUCACAAGUUUUGAUGAGGCUGGUUUGAGAGACUCAUUCUUAAAAAAUGUGAGAAAGGCGAAAUAUGACAGACCGACACCAGUUCAGAAAUAUGCCAUUCCAAUUAUUAUGGCUGGUAGAGAUUUGAUGGCCUGUGCUCAGACAGGCUCUGGUAAAACUGCUGCAUUCGUUCUACCAACUAUCACAGCUAUGAUGAAUGAUGGGUUGAAAUCAAGCAGAUUUUCAGAAGUUCAAGAACCACAAGCGAUCGUAGUUGCCCCUACAAGAGAGUUGGCUAUUCAGAUUCAUUUAGACGCAAGGAAAUUUGCCCAUGGUACAGAUUUACGUUCAGUGGUCUUAUAUGGUGGAACUUCAGUUGGAUAUCAAAUGAAACAAGUUGAACAAGGGGCUCAUUUUGUGGUAGGAACCCCUGGCAGACUGUUAGAUACUAUCAACAAAGGAAAAAUCAGUUUGGCUAAAAUCAAAUUUCUCAUAUUGGAUGAAGCAGACAGAAUGCUGGAUAUGGGAUUUGAACCUGAUAUCAGGAAGUUGGUGGAAACAAUGGGAAUGCCAGCCAAAACCGAAAGACAAACUCUUAUGUUUAGUGCUACUUUUCCUGAAGAAAUUCAGAAACUUGCUGCAGACUUUCUUAAUGAUUAUCUAUUUGUGACAGUUGGCAGAGUGGGAGGAGCCAAUACUGAUGUGGAACAAAUGUUUUAUGAAAUUGACAGACUUCAAAAACGUGACAAAUUGUGCUCAAUUUUGUCAGAAACCGGCACUGAUAGGACAUUAGUAUUCGUGGAACAGAAAAGAAAUGCUGAUUUCUUAGCUUCAUAUCUGAGUCAGUCUGUAUUCCCAACUACAAGUAUUCAUGGUGAUCGUUUACAAAGGGAAAGAGAGGAGGCCUUAUUAGAUUUUAAAACUGGAAAAGCUCCUAUUUUGGUGGCUACAAGUGUUGCUGCCAGAGGUCUUGACAUUCCAGGAGUCAAACAUGUUGUAAAUUAUGAUCUACCAGCAUCUAUUGAUGAGUAUGUACAUCGUAUUGGCCGCACAGGAAGGUGUGGAAACCUGGGUAAAGCCACAAGUUUUUACUCACACGAUUCUGAUUCUGCUUUGUGUAAGAGUUUGGUGAGAAUAUUGAAGGAAGCUAAUCAAGGAGUUCCUUCAUGGUUGGAGAGCUAUGCAGCCAGUAGUAUGGAAACUAGUGGAACAUACAGACCUGGUGGGAAAUUUGGCGGAAAGGAUAUCCGUAGAAAUGGUGGAGGAGGAGGCGGCCAAGGUCAAGGUGGUGGUGAUCAAUGGUUUGACGGAGGUCAGGCUGCAGGAAAUGUGGGAAAUACAGCUUGCGGUGGUGAUGAAGAGGAAUGGGAC